GCUCUGCAAGGCGGAUGAGGGCGUGCUACACCCACACACAGGCGACCAUGCUUUAAAGCCACAUCAAUCUGACAGACGAAACGCUAAUCACACCUGUUCGCUGUUUCUGUGAAGGAAAGAGCGAGAGCUGAUCAGCCGUUUUUCGACAGAGUUGGGACCACAUGACUGUGACUUCACCUCUCCACACACUCUUGGUUUUGGAGCCAGUUGUUGUCAGAGGCUAGCGCCAACCUAAAAAAAUAAUCAUGAGCACCCACGAGUCAGACGUGCACACCCUCUCUCAAGAGCUGCCGGCCAUGUUCGAUGGCAUGAAGCUGGCGGCGGUGGCCACGGUGCUCUACGUCAUCGUCCGCUGCUUGAAUCUGAAGAGCCCCACUGCGCCGCCGGACCUCACCUAUCAGGACACCCCCCUGAACCGCUUCCUGCUGAAGUCCUGUCCUCAGCUGACAAAAGAGUACAUUCCUCCCUUACUGUGGGGGAAGAGCGGCCACCUCCAGACAGCGCUGUACGGCAAACUCGGACGAGUGAGCUCCCCCAACCCCAGCGGCAUCAGGAAAUAUUUACCCAUGCAUGAUGGGGCCACCGCGACAUUUGACCUCUUUGAGCCUCUGAAGGACCAUCCAACUGGAGAAGACAUCACCAUGGUGAUAUGCCCGGGGAUUGGGAAUCACAGUGAAAAGCACUACGUCCGGACCUUCGUGGAUUACGCACAGAAGGACGGUUACCGCUGCGCUGUGCUGAACCACCUGGGAGCGCUUCCGAACAUCGAGCUCACUUCUCCGCGAAUGUUCACUUACGGCUGUACGUGGGAAUUCGCAGCCAUGGUCGGCUACAUCAAGCGGGCGUACCCUGACACGCAGCUCAUCGUGGUGGGUUUCAGUCUGGGCGGAAACAUCGUGUGCAAGUUCCUGGGAGAAAACAGGACAAACCAGGAGCGGGUGCUGUGUUGUGUCAGCGUCUGCCAGGGCUACAGCGCUCUCAGGGCUCAGGAAACAUUCCUACAGUGGGAUCAGUUCAGGCGCUUCUAUAACUUUCUCAUGGCCGACAACAUGAAGAAAAUCAUUCUGUCACACAGGCACAGUCUGUUUGGGGGGAGCUCACUGAAAAAGAUUGACAUGGAGCCGAGUCGACUGUACACAGCGACGUCUCUCAUGCAGAUUGACGACAACAUCAUGAGAAAAUUCCACGGCCACAGCUCUCUGAAGGAGUACUACGAGAAGGAGAGUUGUGUCCAUUAUAUCCACAAUGUAAACGUGCCACUGCUGCUCGUGAACUCCGGAGAUGAUCCCCUGGUUCACGACUCACUGCUCACCAUCCCUCGCACUUUAGCAGCUAAGAAGUCGAACGUGGUCUUCGCGCUGACGCUUCACGGAGGCCACCUGGGCUUCUUCGAGGGCGCGGUCCUCUUCCCUCAGCCUCUCACGUGGAUGGACAAAGUGAUCGUGGGUUACGCCAAUGCCAUGUGCCAGUGGGAGAAACAGAAACCCAUGUGUCAAAGUGGUGAAAGCUCCUGCGAAGAAGAGAAAGCCUAAACCCCCCCCCCCCCCCCCCCCCCCAUCUUGUCCCCCGCCCCGUGCCGCACCGAGGAGACACCUUAAACUGCGCUCUCUUCGCUGCCUUCUCCUCCGGUGCCGCCCACCACUCCUGACCUCCCGACCUUCAGCUCCGCCCCGGCUCCUCUGUGUGAACACCGUCACCUUACAGUACGUCAAUCAACUCUAAUUACUGCCUUUGUGCUCUUUUCCGUUGCGAGGACCCAGACCAGGAACCGUUCUUUUUUGUUUUUAAUGAAUUUCCAAGACGGCACUUGGCUAUCAGAGGCAACGACCAAAUAGAAGAAGAGAUCUAGUCGAGCUGGUUUUCAAUGUGAGCGCACCACUUUAGAGUAGUCCAGUGAGAAACAAGAGCACAAAAUGAAGCCUCCUCUUCCUCUGAACCAGAGCUGCGCUGCAGUCGGUGUGUAGUUUCCUGCACCUGUAAGAAGCUCACUGCUUAUCACCGCCAAGGCCGUGUAGCCUAGACUGCUGAAUAACCCACACAGUGUCUUCGUAGUGUGAAUGUUGGUGUGUUUGUGUGUGUGUGUGUGUGUGUGGACCGAGAAUUGAGCCGUCAUGGAGCGUGUGGUCUUUGUUUGAUCCAAACUCUUUGUUCAUAGUGUGUCUGCCCUCUUAAUG